AUGGAUAUGGCCAACAUGCCCGGCAUGAAUGGCAUGGCCACCAGCACCACGUCCACCUCCUCUACAGUGGCACAGAUGGUCAUGGCAACCGCUAAAGCCAUGUCACCCGCAGCCAUGGUACCUACAGCUAUGUCACCCACGCCAGCAACAAGCACAACGAUGGGAGGAGCAGCAAUGGCCUCGUCCAUACUGAACAACCCGCAGGCGGGCAUGGCAACCUCAAUGGCAACGAUGAAGGAUAUGUGCGCACUGCCAGGCAUGAGCCAGAUGUGUCAGGACAACACUCAUAUUGUCAUCGGGACAUGUAUCGGUCUUAUGAUUCUGUCGACUGCCGCUGUCUUGCUACGUUUGGCCUCGAGACGUGUCUCGGCGCUAUCGUUCUGGUGGGAUGACGCCGUGAUAAUAUCAAGUUUGAUGGUCUCUUUUACGUGUUCCGCGCUUAUGCUCGUUGAUGCCAAAAACGGAGUGGGCCGACAUUUCGAAACGGUCCCCGAGUCGAGCGUCGUGUUACUAUUCAAAACGACCGUCGCCUACGAGAUCCUCUACUGCGUCUGCGUAACCCUCAUCAAGAUCUCAAUCCUGCUCUUCUACUACCGUCUCUUCGGCGUCCGCAAAGCCUUCAAGUACACCUGCUACGCCCUCCUCGCCCUCGUCACGUGCUGGUGCAUCGCCAUCGUCUUCUCCAACAUCUUCCAAUGCAUCCCCGUCGAAGCCGCCUGGAUAAGGCCGUAUCCGCACAGCAAAUGCAUCAACAACAACGCCUCGCUCCUCGGGACCGCCGUCACCAACGUCUUCCUCGACAUCGUCAUCCUCGUGCUCCCCAUGGUCCCCGUCUGGAGUCUCAGCCUCACCGUACGGCAAAAGGUCACCCUCACGGCCAUCUUCCUCCUGGGCGCUUUCAUCUGCGGCGCCGCCAUCGUCCGCGUCUGGGCCAUCCUCAACAUCGACCAAACCGACGUGACCUGGUCCUACGUCCGCCCCCUCAUCUGGUCCGCCGUCGAAAUCUCAACCGGCAUCACCUGCGCCUGCCUCCCCACCCUGCAACCCCUCAUCCAAACCUGCCUCGGUCGCCGCUCCCUCUCCAGCCCGUCCCGCAAGUACCAACCCCACCUCGACAUCUACAACAACAAUAACAACAACCACAACAGCAACAAGAACGCCAAAUACGGCCCCGGCCUCGGCUACGCCGUCGCCGUCCGGGCCCACGGUCGGCCGCAGAUGGUCGGCGUCCGGAGACCGAACGCGAACGCGGAGUUUUACCGGUUGAAGGAGAGGGGGCCCGGCGUCGAGGAGAUCGUCACGUCCGCGUGGGCGAGCAGGGAGGGGUCGGGCCGGGCGGGGGGUGGUAGUCGGGGGCCGGGCGCGGGUUGGAGCGUGGAUGAGGGGCCGGGCACGGGUUGGAGCGAGGAUGUGGUUCCGUUGAAGGGGAUCCGGGUCAAGGAUGAGGUGCGGGUGGAUACGAGGUCGGAUAGCGGGGGGGCUUUGUCGCCGGUUUAG